AUGGCCCUGAGCCUCCUGGAGGACUGGUGUCGCGGGCUGGGCGUGGACGUGCGCCGGGCCCUGCUGGUCACCGGCAUCCCCGAGAGUUUGGAGCAGGCUGCCGUCGAGGCGGUCCUGCAGCCAGCCUUCCUGACCCUGGGCUCCUUCACGCUGCGCAGCAUGAGGGUCGUUAAGAAGGAGAAGGCCAAAGCCGCCCUGGUAGAGUUUGUGGAGAACGUUGACCACGCAGCCAUCCCCAGGGAGAUCCCGGGCCAUAGCGGGGUCUGGAGGGUGCUAUGUAAGGACCGUGCCAAGGACUCCAGAAUGCUGAGGCAGAUGAAGCGCUUGCUACUGGACGAGAGGCCCACUCGGGCCCAAGUGGCCAAGGCCCCCGGGGACACCCAGACCCAGGAGUCGGACCAGGAGACCAGGCAAGCCGGGUCCCCGCUAGGUGCAGACGGGAAGGCUAGGAGGGGCCGGAGGGGCCGCGGAAGUAGAGCCAGAGGCAACAGGUUGACCAAGAAAGGCAAGAAGAGGGGCAGAGGAGGGUGGCCAUCCACUCCAGUGAGGAGUGAGUCCGAGGACUCCUCUGACGAGAGUCUGGGCAUCUUCAUCGAGGAGAUAGAGGAGGAUGAAGAUGAAGACCGAAGGGCGCUGUACACCACGCUCCAGGCUGCAGCCAAGGAACUCAUUAAGAAGUGGGCUGUCCAGAAUGAUGCCCAAGAGGGCGAUGGGCCACGAGAGUUCUUGGCCCUGGUAACGGUGACGGACAAAGCCAAGAAGGAAGAGAUGGAGAAAGAGCCUCCGUCGGGUGAGUCCAUCAGCCUGGACAUCAAAGAAGACAGGAAUGGCGUCCCUGACUUAGUGGCACUUCUUGCCGUGAGAGAAACAUCGCAUGAGGAACCCAUGGGCAGUGAUACUUCCGGUAGUGAGUCCCAGGACAACGGGGACCAAGAAAACGAGGAAGCGGACAAUCCUGAGUUUGUGGCCAUUGUAGCAUAUACUGACCCCUCAGACCCUUCUGCGCGAGAGGAGAUGUUGAAAAUCGCAUCUGUGAUUGAGUCUCUGGGCUGGAGUGACAAUGACAAAGAGGAGGCCCUUCCCCGGGUCUUGUCAGUCAUGUCUAAAGACACAAGUGGCACCCGAGUCAAGGUGGAGGAGGCGGGUCGUGAGGUGGAUGCCAUGGUUCUGAGGAAGGCCAAAGACGAUGGGAACCUUCUAGAAUGCAUCUCUACCUUGGCGGAGCCAGGGACUCCUCCCAAGGGGAAGAAAGCCCAGCAUAGCUUCCUCAGCGGCUGGGGUGAUGAUGAUGAAGAUGAAGGGGGCCUUCUGGAACUGGUAGCGCUUCUGGCUGCACAGGAUAUGGCGAAGGUGAUGAAGGAGGAGAAAGAAAACGCCUGGGAAUGUGGGAAGUAUAAAUAUGCCAAAGGCAACUUGGGUGAGGUCUUGGCGCUCCUGGCUGCCCGGGAGAUCCUGGACUCGGAGGAGGAGUCAGAUGAGGAGUCCGAGGAGCAUGAAGAGUCUGAGGAGUCUGAGGACACGGAGAGCGAAGAGUCUGCGCCGGAGGAGACGGCGUCCAGGAAGCCGCGGGCCAAGAGGGCUCGCACAGCUGCCCGGAGCUUGGGCCAGGCUGGCACAUCCACGCCCGCAAUCCCCACCCCCGCAGGGCCUCGAAAACCCCGAGCUGUGGGCCGGGGCCGUGGUCGGGCUUCCACUCCCGACAAGAAGACUGGAGGCCGGGCCUCGGCCCAGGACGAUGGCUCAGGGAGCAAGAAGAAGAAGGUGAAUCCAGGCUCUAGGUCCCACACAAAGGCGGGCGACACCACCAAGGCUCAGCUGCCCCCUGGCGCAAGGUCCGCCCGUGGGAAGAAGGCACGUCGGGGCCGCAGGCUGCCCCCCAAGUGCCGCUAG